ACAAAGACCGUGUUGAAACUCAGAUGAAGAAGUGCGCCCCCUGCAGGAGGAGCAGACAGUUCAGGAAGUGUCUCAGUGUGAACAUGAGUCUCCUGCUCCUCUUCCUCCUCCGUCUCUCGGACGGACUCCUCUUCACCAGAGACCCGGGCUGGGUCGCCUCCGACCCGGGAUGGAACUCGACCGGCUCCGGGUCUCAGCUCGUCUCCGUCACCGCGGAUCUGAGCUCCAUCCUCCACCGGGUGGACCCGAGGUUUCUGUCCGUGACCAUCGACUCCAGCCUGGGGACCGAGGAGAGCUUCAUGUACCUGCUGAGAUCUCAGAAGAUCCGGACUUUGGCCAAAGCUCUGACUCCCUCGUUCCUGAGGUUCGGUGGAACCAGACAGGACUUCAUGGUUUUCACUCCUGAGAGGAAACAUCUGGCAUCAUCAGCUCCGUCCUGUGAUGAAGGGGCGCUGCCGUCGUGGCUGGAGGACAAACUGAAGGUGGAGUGGACGAAGCAGCAGCUGGUCCUGAUGAGAGAAGAUGCUCAGAGGAAGUACAGGAGCGUCAGGUUCACAGAGUUGACCGUGGACCUGCUGAACUCCUUCUCCAACUGUUCGGGGAUGGAUCUGAUCUUCGGGCUGAACGCUCUCCUCAGAUCAGCCGACAGCAGCUGGAACAGCAGCAACGCUCGCUCCCUGCUGCGGUACUGUGAGUCCCGAGGCUACGCCAUGUCCUGGGAGCUGGGAAACGAACCAAACAGUUUUGAGAAGAAGGCCGGGAUCCGAGUGGACGGACAUCAGCUGGGACAGGACUUCACCCGUCUCCGAGACAUCAUGUCAGAGUCCAAAUUGUACCACGGCGCCGGACUGUACGGGCCGGACGUGGGCCAGCCGCGAGGCCACAGGAUCGACCUACUGGAGGGGUUCCUGCCGAGCGGAGCGGACGCCGUGGACGCCGUCACCUGGCACCAUUACUAUGUGAACGGCAGAGACACGUCCCUGGAGGACUUUCUGGAUCCAGAGAUUCUCGACACGCUGAAGUUAAAGACCAAAGAAGUCCUGCAGAAAGUACAGAUGGCGUCCCCGGGGAAGGGGGUGUGGCUCGGAGAGACGAGCUCUGCGUACGGGGGAGGAGCCGUCGGUUUGUCCGACGCCUUCGCUGCAGGAUUCAUGUGGCUGGACAAACUGGGCCUGGCAGCCACACUCGGCAUGGACGUGGUGAUGAGGCAGGUGCUGAUUGGUUCAGGAAGCUACCACCUGGUCGACAACAACCUGGACCCACUUCCUGACUACUGGUUGUCUCUUCUCUACAAGAGACUCGUGGGACCGGAGGUUUUGAAGAUCGAGGCGGUUGCUGCUGCCGGCCGCAGUAGAAGAGUGAGAGUGUAUCUGCACUGCUCCAGCACAAAGAGCUACAGCCGCGGAGCGCUCACGUUGAUGUCCAUGAACCUGAGCGAGAAACCAGCCCGGAUCUCCACUCCGGCUCUCGGCUCCUCCGGCACAGUGGAGGCGUUUGUCCUGCAGGCCGACCGGCCCGGGGAGGAGGGGCUCUACUCCAGGUCUGUGAAGCUGAACGGGGACGUGCUGAAGAUGGUGGACGAUAAAACUCUCCCCGACCUUAAAGGAAGGCGUCUUCCUCCAGCGGACCACCUGCAGCUUCCUGCCUACUCUCUGGCCUUCUUCGUGUUCCCAGACGCUCGAGCCGCCGCCUGUCACGACCCCGGACGCCUCCGAGGACGCCGCGGACACGGAGACGUCUUUAGAUAGAACACAGAUCAUCCUCUCCGGACUGAACAGACUCCAACUCAGGUGACGACGAUGAAACGAAGAAUUACUUUCCCCCCCGGUGGCUGUGUUUCUAAGUUUCUAAUAAAAACAUUGCAGUGACUUGUGUGAACGGAGCCACCGUCUGUAAUCCUAAAAUCACAGGUGAAGAUAAAACUGGACAACAUGACUUUGAGAAGUGAAUUCCAGAUCAAGGUUUCCUUCAGUUUUUAUUUCAUUUUCAUCACAAACUCUCGAAGCUGAAACGCAUCACAGCCAAACUCUUCCUUCCUCCUGCUCCUCGCCGUGUGAGAUGAUGUAACACAGAGAUUUGUAAUCCAGGUUUCCUGAUGCGUCGAUAUUUGACGACUGAAACAUGUGCUUCACCUGACACGACACAUGAUGACACACAGGUUGUAGAAAAUGUCAUUUAACUUAAUCGUAAUAAUAGAAAGUGGUGAAAUCCUCUGAUCUUCUCAGACUCAACACAACAUGACGUCAUCAGAAACCUUCUUCACCUCCUCAGAUGAAAACUUGUCGGCCCGUGUCAUCAGUGGAUUCUGUAAUCUGAUCACAUGAAACAGAACAUCGACAGUUUGUGUUUAGCAGCAGAGAAACGUUUGUAAGAACCAGACUCACUCGACUUUGUGGUUGAUGGGACCAGUGGCUUCUGUCCUCCAGCUCCUUGUCCUUCACGUUGAGUUUACCUGAAACACACACACACCUGAGACAUGAACCUGUGUGAUGGAGGAGGAAGAACCUGAUCCUGUGGCGGUUUAGCAUCAGAGCUUCGAACCCAGAGACUCAUACCUGUCGUUCAGAUCCUCUUUAUCAAUUACCCGUCUCGGUACUGAUCGAUCAGUGUGAACGCCUGAAUCACAGUCAUAAAGAAUAUAAGAACAUGAUUCUAAUAGUAAGAAUUAAACCUCCCAGGCGUGACUUUACCUCUUUAAAGUCUUGGAUCUGAGUUUGUUUGAACAUGGAGGAAAUGUUGGACGAGGCUCUCUGCGCUCGUUUGGCUCCUCCUCCUCCUUCUUCUUUGUCUUUCUACACGUAAGAAACUCACUAAUUAUCCAUGACACAUAUUUACGUUACAGUACAUUCAAAUUCUUCUACAUUUAUAUUAAUCACACUUUUCCCAUCACAAAGAAUUCUCUCUUUUUGUAAAAAUGUUUUUCAAUUGAUAAUAAAUGGUCUUUUCUGA